GCGAAGUCGCUCGGAAUCGUCGCUCGGAGCAUUUGAAAAUGAUGAUUCGUACACGCCACAGACAAACUACAGGAUGCGGUCGAAUAUACUUCGCGCCGGCCAAGCAGCCAACUGCAGACCUCACCUACUCUCCUCUCUGCGCCAAUCGUCCUUCCAAGCGCGAAGAUGUCUAGCCACGAGCCACGACCCGCCCACUGCCCGUAAUGUCGACCUCGCCUCCCGCACCCCACCCUACGCCAAGUUGCUCUCUCGCCUUGAAGAAGUACGGCGCGUACUGGGAUCUUCACGACAAUUGACUUUGGCCGAGAAGAUUCUCUACUCGCAUCUUGAGAGUCCGGAGGAGUCGCUUAUGAACAACACAAAUGGUGGAAGGAACAUCAGAGGUCAGGCAAACUUGAAAUUGAAGCCGGACCGCGUUGCUAUGCAGGAUGCCAGUGCCCAGAUGGCUUUGUUGCAGUUCAUGAGCUGCGGGCUGCCGAGCACGGCGGUCCCUGCUAGUAUACAUUGCGACCACAUGAUAGUAGGAGAAAAAGGUGCUGACACCGACCUUCCACAAUCGAUUGCGGGUAACAAGGAGGUCUUCGAUUUCCUCGAGUCGGCAGCGAAGAAAUACGGAAUUGAAUUCUGGCCACCAGGCGCUGGUAUCAUCCAUCAGUCUGUGCUGGAGAACUACAGUGCCCCUGGCUUGAUGAUCUUGGGCACAGACAGCCACUCCCCGAAUGCUGGAGGUUUGGGAUCAAUCACAAUCGGUGUCGGUGGUGCGGACGCAGUGGACGCCCUAGUGGAUGCGCCAUGGGAGCUCAAGGCACCUAAAAUUCUGGGUGUGAAGCUCACUGGAGAACUCAGCGGAUGGGCUUCCCCGAAGGACGUAAUCUUGAAGUUAGCUGGCGAGCUGACCGUCCGGGGUGGCACUGGUUUCAUCAUUGAGUACUUCGGACCUGGUGUGCAGUCUUUGAGCUGCACUGGUAUGGCGACUAUUUGCAACAUGGGUGCCGAAGUCGGCGCAACUACCUCGCUCUUCCCCUUCUCUCCUGCACACAUCCCCUAUCUCCAAGCCACACAUCGAGGACCGAUCGCUGAGGCUGCUCAAAAGAUUGCCAAUUCACCAAUGCAGCAGAACCUCCUCCGUCCCGAUGCGGAAGCCGCUUACGACAAGGUUAUUGAGAUUAACCUCUCAGAACUUGAACCACACAUCAACGGACCAUUUACUCCUGAUCUAUCAACACCUCUUUCGAAGUUCAAGUCAGUAGUGGAAGAGAAGGGGUGGCCACAAACCUUCGGCGCUGGUCUCAUUGGUAGCUGCACGAACAGCUCUUACCAGGACAUGACCCGAUCAGAAGAGAUCGUGAAGCAGGCAUUGGCAGCUGGCCUUAAGCCCAAGGCGGAUUUCUUCAUUACCCCUGGCAGCGAACAAAUCCGUGCAACGUUGGAACGGGAUGAAACCCUCCAGACGUUCACUGAAGCUGGAGGUACUGUGCUGGCGAACGCUUGCGGUCCUUGCAUUGGACAAUGGAAGCGUACCGACGACGUAAAGAACGGCGAAUCCAACGCUAUCUUGACCUCAUACAACCGCAACUUCCCCGGUCGUAAUGACGGCAACCGAGCAACAAUGAACUUUCUGGCUUCUCCUGAGCUCAUCACCGCUAUGUCGUACUCUGGCUCCACGACCUUCAACCCAAUGACUGAUUCUAUACCGACGCCAGACGGCAAGCCUUUCAAGUUCACGCCACCAAAGGGCUCUGACCUCCCCUCUGCCGGUUUUGCAGACGGUAAUCCUGACUUCAUGCCUACACCGGGUGUCCCAGACCCUAGCGUAGAUGUUAUUGUCUCACCCACCUCUACCCGCCUGGCGCUCCUGGAUCCGUUCCCAGCAUUCCCUGACUCCGACUUCACAGGCCUAAAGGUACUGUACAAGGUCAAGGGACAAUGCACAACAGACACCAUUUCGGCUGCUGGACCAUGGCUCAAGUACAAGGGCCAUCUGCCCAACAUCUCUGAGAACACACUUAUCGGCGCUGUCAACGCGCAGACAGAUGAAGUCAACGUCGCCUACGACUUAGAUGGCAAAACAUCAGGGAUCCCAGAACUAGCAAAGAGGUGGCGCGAUCAGGGCAUCGAAUGGCUCGUCGUAGCAGAGCACAACUACGGUGAAGGCUCUGCACGUGAACAUGCUGCCUUGCAACCCCGGUACCUUGGUGGUCGUGUCAUCCUCGCCAAAUCCUUCGCCCGUAUCCACGAGACCAACCUCAAGAAGCAGGGUAUCGUCCCUCUGACUUUCGCCAACGAAGCCGACUACGAUGCGUUCGAAGCUUGCGACGAAGUCGCCACAAGGGGAUUGUUGGACGUACUGAAGAGCGGUGGUAAGGGCGAGGUUGAGCUUGUCCUCAAGAAGAAGGAUGGUAGCGAGAAGGUUGUCAAGACCAAGCACACUCUGUCGCAAGAUCAGUGUGGCUUUGUGCUUGCUGGUAGCGCACUGAACCUUCUGGCCAGAAAGGGUAGGGAGAUGAAGGAGGAAGUCACUCGGAGUGCCGAGCUAACUGACUGAGUCGUGUGCAAUAAGUUUGGAUGUGUAAAAGUGAGCAUGUAAAUGGCGCUAUUGGUGUCACGGCGCAUAGACAAUCCUAGCAACAACAACCUUUAUUUCAAGUCAG